AUGGGUGACAAAAGAAUGGAGGAGAGUGCAAUUGCUGGGGAGGAUGAAAUGAAUGGAAGCACUGGGUUGCGCACGGCAGAGACACUGCUCCGUCUCCUGCCUGUGGCCCUGUGCGUGGUGGCUCUAGUGGUGAUGCUCAAGGAUUCUCAGAAUAAUGACUUUGGUUCUCUGUCAUACUCCGACCUUGGAGCUUUCAGAUAUUUAGUGCACGCGAGUGGCAUUUGUGCUGGUUAUUCCCUUCUGUCGGCUAUCAUAGUGGCCGUACCUCGUCCGUCGACCAUGUCUCGAGCAUGGACAUUCUUUCUCCUCGACCAGCUCCUGACGUACUUUAUACUGGCUGCUGGUGCUAUAUCAACUGAGGUGGUAUAUUUGGCAUAUAAAGGGGAUGUCUCUAUUACAUGGAGCCAAACAUGUGGAUCAUUUGGUGGUUUCUGCCGGAAGGCCACUGCAUCCAUUGCAAUUACAUUUAUAGUCACACUUUGCUAUGCAGUGCUUUCAAUCAUAUCUUCCUACAGGCUAUUCAGCAAAUAUGAUGCACCAGUUGCCUGCAAUAACAAAGGAAUCGAGAUUCCCGUCUUCCACACCUGA